GCUGAGCUAGUCCUAGGACUCAUCUUUCUCCACCAAAGCGGCAUCGUCCAUCAAGACAUUAAGCCGGCCAACAUUAUGAUAUCUUCAACCGGCCAUGUCGUUAUAGCAGAUUUCGUGCAGAAAAUGUUUCAUCCCAUCGUAUUAAAUGCUCACGACCUUAUUACGUUUACACCUCUCUAUGCUGCCCCCGAAUUAGUUUGUCGAAACAGAGCGGGCCUCAUCAUAUACGAUUCACGAGCGGAUUGGUGGAGCUUUGGAGUGGUCUUGUAUGAGCUUGCGACAGGA